AUGUCCCUCAUCGCCGCGCUCGCCCGCCUCUCGGCCACCGUCCACCACCCCGUCCAGGGCCUGACGGCUGGCGACAAGCUCAACCCCUACCUUCCUCUCGCCUCGGGCACCCAACUCGUCACUGACCGCACCUUCCUCCCAUCCCUCCCUUCCCCAGCCGGCAACGUCGUCGUCCACAUUCUCGGCGCCGAGACCGCAGCCGCACCUCGAGCCCCUCGUGCCGUCACCCUAAUCUCGCGCUCCACACAGCAGGCAUACGACCAUGCCCUUAUCGCCCUCCGCAUCGCCAAGGAGGCCAACGCCAAUGUCUUCCACUUUAUCGCUGCUGGCGCUGACGGCAACGUCGCCGAGGUGUCCGAGAAGGAGGUCGAGGCCUUCCUCUCCGUCUCGGCAUCGGCCGAGUCCGACGACGCAGCUCUCCUCAAGGCAUUCGAGGCCGCGUCCCUUGAGCUCCUCAAGGUCACCCGCCGCGCCCAGCCCGCCCUAAUCUCCAACGGCGAGAGCGAGCGCGUCGUGCUCAACUUCCUCCCCGGCAAGCUCGAGGUCGAGGACGUUGUCGAUGUUGUCCUCGCCCAGCCGGUUCCCGCCGACAAGCUCCGCGGACUCAAGGCGCGUGAGUUUGUGGUUGUUGAGGCCGCCUCGGGCAAGUACGGCGCCGCAUGGGCGUCGAUCGUCGAGGCCCUUGAAGGCCAGGACGCCUCCGUCCGCUCUGUGCUCGUCUCGGCGGCCCCGGCUACUGGCGAGCUGCAGUCUGUCAUCUCGUCGAGCGCGCCUCUCGCCCGCGUCGGCACUCCCAAGCCUCUUCCCGAGAUCCCCUCGAGCUCGAUCAUUGUUCCCACCGCCGAGUCGACCUACACCUCGCUCCUCGAGCGCUCACCCCACCCCCUCGAGGUCCUCAACGACCCUUCCCACCUCGCCGCGUCCGAGUCGACCUCGCCGCUCUACGCGUUCGGUAAGGCCGUCGCCCUCCGCAAGGAGCGCGAGCAGUUUGUCGAACUCGCCAAGAAGGUCCUCAAGGCCAGCGACACCCGCAAGGAGGUCCACACUGCCCUCGGUAAGUGGCUCCUUGGCAAAGACGACAAGGACUCUGCCGCUCUCGGUGAGGAGGCCACCAAGGCGCUCGGCCAGGGCGCCAACGCCGACGAGGCCGAGCUCGUUGCCCUCGGCGCCAACGGCCACUGGACCAAGCGUGCCCUCUGGAUUGUCGUGUCCAACUCGUGGGCUGCCGACCUCGCGUCCUCUGGUCUCCACCACGCCCUCGUCUCGGGCCUCGACAUCAACCUCCUCGUCUACGAGACCCAGCCCUCGCCCUUCUCGCCUCUCGCCCAGAAGCAGCGCGAGCGCAAGAAGGACCUGGCGCUCUACGCGCUCAACCUCGGCGACGUUUACGUCUCAUCGGUCGCCGUCUACGCCGACUACGCUGGUGUGAUCAACGCCAUGCGCGAGGCUGAGGAGUACUCUGGGCCUUCGCUUGUCCUCGCUUACCUCCCGUGGGGUGAGAAGGAGGACGGCGCCAUUGUCGGUCCCACCGAGAAGGCUGGUCCUCUCGAGCGUCUCCGCGAGACCAAGCGCGCCGUCUCCGGCGGCUGGUGGCCCCUCUUCCGCUGGAACCCCGAGCUGCCCGACGAGAAGCGCUUCACCCUUGACGCGCCCCAGAUUAAGAACGCGCUUGCCGAGUUCCUCGACCGCCAGAGCCACCUCUCACAGCUCACCCGCUCGCAGCCUGCCAUCGACCCCAAGAUCACCGGCUCGGCUGGCAAGGACCUUGCUGCCGCGCGCAAGCAGAAGGCCCGCGACGCGUUUGACAAGCUCGUCAACUCGAUCGACGGCCCUGGCCUUCUUGUGCUCUACGCCUCGGACGGUGGCAACGCCGAGAAGGUCGCCAAGCAGGUCGUCUCGCGUGCCAAGAUGCGCGGCGUUGCUGCCUCGCUCCGUGUCCUCGACUCGAUUGCUUCCGAGAUUGUCGAGACCCUCGAGGCCGAGAAGAACGUUGUCGUGCUCACCUCGACUGCCGGCCAGGGCGAGUCUCCUCUGAACGGCCGUGAGUUCACCAAGGCUGUCGGCAAGAUCGACACUGCCGCGUCGGCACCCAAGCUCGCCGAGACUCGCGUCACCGUCUUCGGCAUGGGUGACUCCAAGUACUGGCCCCGCAAGGAGGAUUACGUGUACUACAACAAGCCCGCCAAGGACCUCCUUCCAAAGAUCCUGGCUCUCGGCACUCAGGAGCUCGCUCCCCUUGGUCUCGGUGAUGACUCGGACCCCGACGGAUGGAAGACGGGUUUCAAGGUCUGGGAGACCAACCUCUGGCGCGCUCUCGGCGUCGACUCUGUCGACGUUGUCGAGGAGGCCGAGGAGGUUAUUGCCAACGAGCACAUCAAGAUUGCGUCCAACUACCUCCGUGGCACCAUUCUUGAGGGUCUCGCCGACGAGUCGACUGGCGCCAUUGGUGCCUCGGACCAACAGCUUACCAAGUUCCACGGCACGUACAUGCAGGACGACCGUGACAUUCGCGAGUCGCUCGCCGAGCAGGGCCUCGAGCCCGCAUACUCGUUCAUGAUCCGUGUCCGCAUGCCCGGUGGUGUCUGUACGCCCCAGCAAUGGCUCAACAUGGACAAGAUUGCCGACGAGCACGGCAAUAGUACCUUCAAGCUUACGACCCGCCAGACCUUCCAGUUCCACGGCGUUGUGAAGAAGCACCUCAAGCCCGCCAUGCAAGCCAUCAACCGUUCGCUCCUUGACACUAUCGCGGCCUGUGGUGACGUCAACCGAAACGUCCUCUGCUCGGUUAACCCCGGCAUCUCGGCUGUGCACCAGACUGUGUACGACUUCUCCAAGGCGAUCUCUGAGCACCUCCUUCCCCGUACUAGUGCCUACCACGAGAUCUGGCUCGACAAGAAGCCCGUCUUCCAGGACGCCCUCACCGACCUGGAGCCCCUUUACGGCCCCUUCUACCUGCCUCGCAAGUUCAAGAUUGCGGUCGCUGUGCCACCCGACAACGCCGUCGACGUCUUCACCAACGACGUCGGCUUCAUUGCCAUUGUCGAGAACGGCCAGGUUGUCGGCUACAACGUGUCUGUCGGUGGUGGAAUGGGUGUCACGCACUCGAACAAGAAGACGUACCCCCGUCUCGGCACUGUUAUUGGCUUCGUCCUCCCCGAGGACGGCUGCAAGGCCGCCGAGGCCAUCAUGCUCGCUCAACGUGACCACGGCAACCGCAAGGACCGCAAGAACGCGCGUCUCAAGUACACCGUCGACCGCCUUGGUGUGCCCAAGUUCAAGGAGGAGGUUGAGAAGCGUUUCGGCAAGCCUUUCGAGCCCGAGCGUGCGUACACUUUCGACUCGAACCUCGACCAGUAUGGCUGGAUCCAGGGUGACGACGGCAAGCACCACUUUACGCUCUUCAUCGAGAACGGCCGUGUCGAGAACUCGCCCCGCCACCAGUUCAAGGACGGUCUCCGCGAGGUUGCGCAGGCGCACAAGGGCACGUUCCGCCUGACUGCCAACCAGCACGUAAUCCUCUCGGACGUCGCGACCGAGGACUUGCCUGAGAUGAAGCGCCUCCUCGCCAAGUGGGGUCUGGACAAUGUCAACCACUCUGGCCUCCGCCUCUCGUCCUCGGCAUGUGUUGCCUUCCCCACCUGUGGUUUGGCCAUGGCAGAGUCGGAGCGCUACCUCCCAGUUCUUAUCGACAAGGUCGAGAAGAUCUGCGAGGAGGCUGGUGUCGGACACGACGCACUCGUCAUGCGCAUGUCGGGUUGCCCGAACGGCUGUUCGCGUCCGUGGGCUGCCGAGGUGUCGUUUGUGGGCAAGGCGCCAGGCUCGUACAUGAUGUGCUUGGGUGGCUCGCACCUUGGCACACGCCUCAACAAGCCGUUCAAGGAGAGUGUGACCGAGCCAGAGAUCCUGGCGAUCCUCGAGCCCAUGAUCAAGCAGUGGGCCAAGGAACGCCACGACGGCGAGCGGUUCGGCGACUGGACUGUUCGUGCUGGAAUUGUCAACCCGACCAUUGAGGGGAAGACGUUCUGGGACGACAGCUGUGUCGAGUAA